AUGAGCGCACAACAGGUCUGCCCCGUCGUUGGCACAACCAACACUAUGCUCCCUCCCUCUCACCCAGACUUUGACAUGUCAAAAUCUGGUCAAGUCUGCCCUGUGACAAACGCCUCGACCGAUCAUCAUCACAUCCUCUCCAAACACCCUGGCCUCCCUUCCAACAUCACCGACAAGGACGCAAAGGCUUGCCCCGCACUAAAGGAGACAAUCAAUAACGAGGAAAACAAGGCUCUCGACGAGGGUAUCUGUCCAGUCGUCGGUCCUGUUUCUACUGUCCUCCCACCCGAUCACCCGAAACCCAAAGACGGCGCCGAUGUCUGUCCAGUCACGAAGGCAUCCUUGAAGCAUCAUGAGGGAAAAGUUGUGAGCCAUCCUAGCAUCCAAGGUGCAGCUGAAGGUGCUGUUUGCCCAGUUGUUGGAAAGACCAAGGCUUGA